AUGUCACAAUUGCUCUACAGAUGGAUCACUUCCGAGCACUUCAGUGACGACCCCUUUCUUGCUGUGGCAUAUCUCGCCCGGUACGCCAAACAGAUAGGAGUCCACCACUUUCUCUGUACAAAACUUCGAGAGUUCAGCUAUCCGGAGAUUGAAUUCUUCCUACCGCAACUAUGUCAUUUACUCGUAAGCAUAGAGGACACGGAGUCUGUGGCUUUGGAGGAAUUCAUUUUCGAACUGUGUGAACGAUCAGCGCAUGGAGCUCUCUUGAUAUUCUGGCUUUUCCAAACACAUCUUCAUGACCUUUCCGGGAAUCCACAGUCGAACGCUUUUAAGAUAUGCAGGCGCAUUUACAACAAGGUACAGCAUAUCGUUUUUGGUGGAGAGGAGAUCAGGAAACGAGAACGGUUAAAAGAAAAUGUCCUUCCGGUUACUCUGUUAGCCAGCCUGAUCCUCGGGAGUGUCGCCGCGCCCAUACUACCAAGGUUCGCAGGUCCUCUCGCUGUAGCCCAGGCACGGAAACAUAGGAAUCCCCCCGGCUCGAUAUCAGAGGUUCCGAGACUCGCUAGGAGCAAGACUGUUGCCUCUAGAACUAACUCCCGGCCCAAAAAAGAACGAGUGCCGCGAAGCCAGAGUUCGGAGGGUGUCGAGGGGUCUUCCAAGCCGGCCUCACGCCCCAAAUCACCGAACCCUCAGCAAGCUAAUGCAGGCCCCUCAAAAGCUGAAGCUCGGUCGUUUUCGUUGUCCAGGAGGCCGUCAAAGUCUGGGAGUUUGGAUGUUCCCCAUAUACCCCAAAGCUCUUCCUCGCUACCGGACCUCCGGAUGCAACGAAGUGCAACGGUCACCGAAUCGAGAUCCGGGACAAAUCGUCGUCGGGUAGGGAAGGAUAGGCCACUAACGCCUUCACUUUUGUCAACCUCGCAGAAGGUUCACAUGCUUAGGGCCAAUUACUUCAGGAACGAGACGCAAUUCUUGUCUGCAUUGGAGGAUAUAUCUAACAGGCUGGUUUUGGUACCUAAGCCUGCGCGAUUAAGUGCUCUACGUGCGGAACUUGCUUUGCUGAACAAUGACUUGCCUUCAGAGGUUGAUAUUCCGGUGAUUUGCCCGGCAACUGUGAUUGAGGGUGGCACGACGACUGGACACCAUCGAGUGGUCAGGAUCAACCCGGCCGAAGCUACUGUCUUAAACAGUGCAGAAAGAGUUCCCUAUCUGCUGAUGAUAGAGGUACUGCGGGACGACUUUGACUUUGAUCCUGAAAAAGAGGAGAACCAGAGACUAUUGGGAGUACUAUUAUCUGAGGGUGGAGGAAAGAAGAGGAUAUUUGAUUUGACCGAUCCCCCUCCUGGUCAUUAUCGGGGGAGUAACAGUGAGGCCAGCAGCUCCGACCAAUCCAUCGCUUCCACGGUAGCCCCAUCGCAUCUGCCCCGACUCUCUAGUGGUGCAACAACUUUAUCAACGGCAUCAUCAAUAGUAACUCCUCGGUCUUCUGAGCUUUCCUCGUCAAGCCGCACUGGAAGCCCUGCGCCGGGGAAGAAGUCAGCUUCCUACUCUCUCGCCCGAUCAGGCGGUGAGCAGCCUGACUUGUCGGCUCUUGCGACACAUAUGCGAACUGCCGCCCAAAUGCUGGCCCAGCUAGAUGCCAGCAGUUCCAAAACGCCGAAGAAUGAGGUGGCAGCUAUUAAGGCUAAAAUUAUUGCCAAAAAUGUGGAAGAAUGGAGCGCAAAGCGGGAGCGAAUCCGGAAAUCUUCUCCAUAUGGUUGGUGUAAGAAUUGGGAUCUAUUAAGCGUAAUUGUGAAGACAGGUGCCGACCUGAGGCAAGAGGCAUUCGCAUGCCAACUUAUUCACGUAUGUGGCAAAAUUUGGGAGAAGGCCGAUGUGCCUGUAUGGAUAAAAAGAAUGCGAAUUCUUGUUACCGGAGAGUCGUCGGGGUUAAUUGAGACCAUUACAAACGGAACUUCUCUUCACUCCCUGAAACGGAGUCUCACCAUAGCAUCCAUAACCUCUAUGAAGAACCCUCGGGGGCGAAUUGCGUCUCUUAAGGACCAUUUCGUGAAAACAUUUGGCGAACCUGAGUCAGAUACGUAUAAAACAGCAGUAGGCGCAUUCACACAGUCACUGGCAGCGUACAGCAUAAUAUGCUAUAUUCUGCAGUUGAAGGAUCGACAUAAUGGUAAUGUCUUAAUAGACAAUCAGGGCCACAUCAUUCACAUCGACUUCGGUUUCAUGCUGUCCAAUUCCCCUGGCUCCGUAGGCUUCGAGUCUGCUCCGUUCAAGCUCACCCAGGAGUAUGUCGAUGUCCUCGGUGGUGCCCAGUCGGCUGAAUUCGCCAAAUUCAGAGCAUUGUGCAAGCAGGCUUUUCAAGCCCUGCGGAAGUCGGCAGACAACAUCGUCCUCCUUGUCGAGCUGAUGGGCAAAGAAUCCCGAAUGCCCUGCUUCGCUUCCGGCGCAGAGUACGCGACAAACCACCUGCGGCAAAGGUUCCAGUUACAACUCAGUGAAGCUGAGGCGGAAACCUUCGUCGAUGAUGUCUUGAUACAAAAGUCCCUAGGAAGUUAUUUUACGCGGAUGUACGAUCAAUUCCAAUACCUCACCCAGGGUAUCUAUUGAAGCGGGUAAUUUUGCUACUCUUGUAUUCGAAGGAAGCUCCGUAGAAAGACACUUCAGGGUGCGCACGGAGGGGAGAGUAAAAAAAUAGGAAUGAAAAUAGAAAUA